AUGGCGGUCGCUCUAGAGGCAUUGAAAAUUUGUGAGAGUUUGGAAGGAAUCUUAAAGAAAACCUUUGGUCCGAACGGGCUUGAUGUCAUGUUAAAUUCAUCUUCUGGUAAUAUUCUCAUAACCAACAAUGGUGCACUGAUUUUGAAGUCACUCAGUUUGGAUAAUCACAUCGGUAGAACCGUGGUUGAUGGUGUUGUCUCACUGAGCAGCAUUACAGGAGAUGGGUCAACCUCGUUUAUUUUACUGCUCACAGCUCUUUUAAGGGAAACUAUACAGUGUACCGGAAUUUCAGGAAGAAGUAGUAAAGCAGAAAUGUCCUCAAACCAAAGACAGUCUCUUCUCGCUUUAUCUCGAGCUUUUAUUCAAUUUGAGUCGACGUUAAUUGACGAAGUUGUUGUUCCAUGUCUUCGAACAAUCACCGUAACGACGGACCUGCAAGAUGAAGAUCUCUCGAUGAUAAAGCAAAAAAUCAAUAGACUGAUAUAUUCAACAUUGAAUGGAAAAUUUCCAGUCAAUACAGUCUUUCUUUUUGCAGAAAUUCUUUCUGACUUGAUAAGUAAGACUUGGAAAUCCCCAGUGUUGUCUCUAAGAGAAUCGGUUUUGCACGUGAUUGAUGAAUUUCCUCAGAUUUGUAUAGAAGUGCCAAGUCUACCAAUUUCAUUCUCACAAGUCAAACAAGGAAUAUUGAUUCCUCGUCGAUUUGCUUUUGAUGUGGAAGAAAUGUUCACUACACUUCAAAACUUCAAGUUUGUAGUCUUGAACUGUAGCCUUGACAUAUCUGAGCCACAGGUGCCAUCAUCUAUCAGAACCAAUGAUCAAAGUUCAUUUGACAUGAAUUUUCAGUGGAAAAGAAAUAAAGUUCAAAGGUUGAUAACAAUGUUUCAACAACAUGGGAUCAGACUCAUUUUAUCAUCAGAGAAUGUGUCUGACCUUGUCUUACAUUUCUGUAGGCAAACUGGAAUAGCUGUUGUCAGUAUGAUCCCUGUCGAGUAUACAGAAUACAUUUGCAAGUGCACUGGAGUACUUCCUGUUCAUAAUAUUGACAGUAAUAACCUUGACGAAGUCUUCUUAGGCACAAGUCUUUCAUGUGGUACUCAGAGACUAGGUCAUCACAAGUUUGUUUGCAUGCAUGUCAACCCACAUAACCUUCAGUUCAGUCCACACUAUUUAAUUCUUUGCUCCCCAGCUCAAGGAUUGUGUAAACAAUACUACAUUGCUCUUCACAAUGCUUUAAAAUCUGUCAAAAUGUCUUUCAGUGAAGAUGGGAAUUGCCUGACAUUUCUACCUGGUUGUGGUGCUGCUGAGUUUGCUAUGAGCUUUAGUUUGAAGCUUCAUUCACUCAAUUUUGUAGAUCCCAAUACGUCACAAGCCUUGCAAAUAUUAAGUAAAGCUUUGCAAACUAUUCCAAACACACUCCAUCAAAACUCAUUUUCUAUUUUACACCAAAAAGAAAAUUUUAUGCAUUGUCUACAUGAAGUUGAGAAGUCUUGGAAGAACAAUGGGAUUGUUCUUGGAGUAGAUUCUAAAACAGGAAAAGCUGUAGAUGCUGGAAAGUUAGAAGUUUAUGAACCCUUUUCAGGGAAGUAUUUGUUGAUACGGAGUAUGCUGCAAUGCUUAUCACAGCUGCUAAGGACAGAAAAAUUCUUAGGUGCGAAAAAGCUGUAGGUUAUUUAUAGGGUUAAACCCCAUUGUAGUGUCUCACACAGAAUGCAUAUAGUUGUAUGAUUGUAUGUCUGUUAUAAAUUCUGGAAGUUAUCAGCUCCUGUAUCUGAAUAGGAAAUCUAAAAAUUUGAAGGCUUGUUUCAACUUUCUAUGUAUGUAGUCACACAUGAAAUCACAUACACAGUUUCAAAUAAAUGCGGCAGGAUUAGCUCAGUCUGGUAGAGCGCUUGACUGCAGAGCAGGAGGUUGUGGGUUCAAUUCUCGUGGUGGGACCAAUACUCAGGGUCUUAAAAUAACUGAGAAAUGAAGGUACUACCUUUGCCCUGCAAAUGGCCAGACCUUCGCGUGGCUCGGAUGACCACAUAAAAUGGUGGGGAGAUGUCUUAAAAUAUAGUGUCCCCAAUAUUUUUUAGCACUUUCAUGCUAAAUACAUUGACACUCAAAUAAAGUGCAUUUUUUAAAUUAAUUGUAUUCACUAUCUGUCCUCUCAUUGGCUAAUAGCCUACAAUUAAUUAAUUUUUGGAAAUCAGUGCAACCUACAGAUUAGUGACUAGGUUGCAUGCGCAGUGCAUGAUUCCUAAGAGUGAUGUCAAACUGCGUUUUGUGUGAUCAUGAUGGAUUAUGUGUAAUAAGACAAUAUUAUUAUUAGAUUUGGUUUUUUGUGAUAUUUGGAGUAAUUAAGGUCUUGAUAAGUGUUAUCAGCCUCAGUCUUCAGCUUGGCUUAUAACACCUCAACCUUGAGUAUUCCUAGCCUCCUACCCAGAUGUUCCAGGUAUUACAAAAACCUCAUCAUCCAAUAACAGUCAUACAGAGUUCAGGUAUUAUGAUCUUGAAACUGAUGUCACUGUUCUGAGGGAACAGUACCAAAAUCAGGCUCAAUUUUUAAAUAAAUAAAUAGCAAACUGUGGAGCUUUCUGAAACGGUGUAGUGAUACCUUAUUAAUUGCCUUCGUUACUUGCAUUCAAAGGGAAAGGGGAAUUUGGGCAUGCCAGAACCCCAGGGAGAUAUUCCAGAUUUCAAGUGACAGGGAUGAUUGAAGGACUUUUUGGGUUUGAAAUUUUCGAUUCCGAGAUUUUUUGGUAAGAAAUUCUGGCAAGUAUUUUUUUCGGAUAGCUUGAUUCAAGUAGGGAUUUUUUGGGUUAUUCAAAAUAAUUUGAAGAUUCUUGGUAGUGCUUGCAUAUCCUGGCUACCAAGUUCUGUCAGUUAAAGUACAACCACACUUUUUUUUGAAAAACUCUAUUUUUCGUGUUAUUUUGCAGUUUAAUUUUGUCUGGAAAAUUUUAAGGCUUGUAAAUUUGGCGUGAGAUUUUUGGGUGGGUUAAAUUUUGGUUUAGGGAUGUUUCAAUGGGGUUUUGCUGGAAGCCUGUAGGGAUGAUUUUUGCUUUUGAUUUUUGACCCCAUUUGAUCGUCCCCGUUACUUGAAAUCUGGAGUAUUCCCCCCGAGGCCAGAACCCAAAGGGCAUAUGUGGGAACCUUCUGUCCCAGACAACACUGACUUUGUGGACACCUCAUUAAUUCUAUUAUAAAAACCCCAAUAAUAAAUGGAUAGGAGGUGAAAGGUGCGGCAGAAAUACAUUUUACAAACGUUUGACCAAAACAAAGCCCCAGCCUUCACCAUCUUUUUUUUUUUUUUUUUGGAAAGCGAGUAGCUGAAACUCAUCAAAGAACAAGAAACCGGCCUGAAUCAGGAUAACGGAAGAGGACCAAGGAAAAGGGGCAUGCAUGGGUACCCCCCAUAGAUUAGGUGGGGGAGAUGGGUAACAUUUCAGUUCAAACGGACCCCUUUGCCCCUACCCCCAAAUCUCCCCCACCGAGCGAUCAACAACCAGCCCGAGUGACAGUCCCCGUCCCCGCUCCACUUCAUAUUCGUCCCAGUCUCUGUCUAUCAACGCACAGUACAUUUCGUCUUCCAUAUAUGACGCAUCUACAUAAAAAAAUCAACAUGGCGGCCAAACGAAAAUCACAAGGUGACCGCGAAGAUGACGACGAUUCUUCAAUUUUGCCGCCCAAACGACAUGAAAACACGACUUCACAAGAUGCAACGACUUAUUAUAGCACAGAAUCUUCUUAUGGUGUCCAGUGGUACGAACAGCGCGGCCAGUGGAUAGCAUUGUAUGACUGGAAUAGUGGACAUUAUUAUUAUCAAAAUAUCAGCGAUCAUAGAACGCAGUGGGAACAGCCAGCAGAUUGGGAUUCUAUUCACCCUCUGUAUAUACCAGUAAACCAGUACAGUGCGGGAUUUUGGAAUGAGUCGGUGAACAGAAAAGUCGAUACAUCAAAAGAUGUUCACGAGGAAGAAAACUACAAGACAUCUGUCGGCGAUUUGGAGGCGAAGGUUCAGCUGUUUCUCAGUCGUCCUGCUCGCCGACAGAUCGAUCCGGAGGAGAAGAAAAAACUGCACUGGAUCCCUGAGGGAGCUACUGAAUAUAACAUUUGGUAUGAUCGCUGGGUGGGAGAACACUGGAGAGCGGACAAAGACCACGGUCAGUUAUGUGGUUAAUUAGUUAAAUCUUCUUCAGCCUUGGAAACUUAAGUAAAAACAAAAAUGUUUGAUAUACACGGAAAAGCGUAGUUUAAUACAGUUAUUAGUGAAUGUGAGGCUUAAGUUGACUCUGGUUAACAUUCCCCCUGGCACCCCAGGGACCCUCUGAAUAGGUGCACAGAACUAAUGCCCAGAAUAGCAAAAAAGGCACCUUAUGGGUGGCAUUUGUUGCUCAAAAAUACCUUUGCUUAAAAACCAAUCAUUUUUCACCUUCAAACAGAACUAGAUGGACAACAUCUUCAUAGAGAAAAGAAUAUAAAUUUCCUUUUUUUGUGGUUCUGGCUUGCAAUCUUUAGUAUAAUCACUGAACAGUUAAGAAGUAUUUUCUGUUACACAAACAAAAAAGUCAUAUCUGAGAUNGCGAAGGUUCAGCUGUUUCUCAGUCGUCCUGCUCGCCGACAGAUCGAUCCGGAGGAGAAGAAAAAACUGCACUGGAUCCCUGAGGGAGCUACUGAAUAUAACAUUUGGUAUGAUCGCUGGGUGGGAGAACACUGGAGAGCGGACAAAGACCACGGUCAGUUAUGUGGUUAAUUAGUUAAAUCUUCUUCAACCUUGGAAACUUAAGUAAAAACAAAAAUGUUUGAUAUACACGGAAAAGCGUAGUUUAAUACAGUUAUUAGUGAAUGUGAGGUUUAAGUUGACUCUGGUUAACAUUCCCCCUGGCACCCCAGGGACCCUCUGAAUAGGUGCACAGAACUAAUGCCCAAGAAUAGCAAAAAAGGCAGCUUAUGGGUGGCAUUUGUUGCUCAAAAACACCUUUGCUUAAAAACCAAUCAUUAUUCACCUUCAAACAGAAAAAGAUGGACGACAUCUUCAUAGAGAAAAAAAUAUAAAUUUACUUUUUUUGUGGUUCUGGCUUGCAAUCUUUAGCAUAAUCACUGAAUAGUUAAGAAGUAUUUUCUGUUGCACAAACAAAAAAAUCAUAUCUGAGAUAUGUAUACAUUUUUUUUUUGUUGAAGGCAAAUAAAUAGAUCUAUUGAUAUUAUAAGUCACUGGCUCAAAUAUCUUCGCGAGUUUUGAUUCCAAAAUUAGUUUUUCUUGGUUAUUUCUGACCAAAGAAGUUUUAGAUUAUUGCUACCAUAGAUGAUAGUGAAUAUUAUUAUAGAGUCAAGUUUAAAUUAAUUGCCAAGACAAAGUUCCUCUUUUGCCAGUAAAUUUGCUUAAUGUUCAGCAUCUUUUAGCAAGCUUUCAAAACAUCUUUUAUCCUUUGGUAAUCCUUAAUUGCCUCCAAAUCCAGCUCCCCUUAUUUCUCAUGUUUACCAAAAUCUUUAUUAUUGGAAUCAGAAUCUGAGACACUGUGCCAUUGUGUAGACUCCUUUUCCAUCAUUAUUUUAGUAAUAAGCUGAGUGUGAUCUGGUGAACUUUCUAAAUCUGAGAACUUUUCAAUUGUUUCCAAGUCCAGCUCAAAUUCAUCUUCAGAAUCAUCUUCAAAGUCUGACUCAGAAUUUUCAUCAUCAUCAUCAUCAUCUCUUAGGUCUGAAUCACAGUCCUCAUCUAAAUAAUAAGCUGGGUCUGUAGGUGGUACAAGUUGGAGUUGCUCCACAGUCUGCUGGUAUUUUAACUCUGAGACAAUUUCUUGUCCUUUCAUCUCAGAAGGCAGACUGUCUUGUCUGAUACCAACUUGUCCAACUCUGACCGUGUUUUUAUGUGUUAAUUCCACUGCAGAAUUUGUUGAAGAGUGCAGGUGUUGAAGCAAUGUUACAGGCUCUUGAAACACUUGCUUUUGUGCCACUGAUUGCAUAAUCUGUUGCUCAUUUUUCUCAAACAUUUCUAGUGAAGGAGCAAAUGGUCUCUUGUUUCCUGGCAGAUCCUCGUGUGGACUUGCUAGUGACGUGAAUUCCAUCAUCGGUUGUUGUGAUAACUUACAAGCUAUACCUGGUGUUUCUAGAUCAGCUGCUGGUGCAAUACACAUGGUGUUGAUAAACGGUGUUGCCAUUGCAAGACUUUCUUGAGUUAUAUCCAUUUCUUCGUGAUCCGCAUUUGAAAAUGGAAAAGGAACUACUUGUUGAUCUACCUCCAUUUCCUCUUCGCGUGUUUUAAAGCUGAAGAGUGCUGGCGAGGCCAAAAUAGAUGGUAGGGAAAAUGACAGAAGGUGCCACAACGAAGAAUUUUCCUGCUCAGUCUCCAUUGCAUCGCUUUCCACCAAAGCAUUAGAACUCAAUGGUGUCUGCAACAUAUCGCAAGCCUCUGUUAAUGCCCCUGGGUUGUGGCCUAUGUCCAUUUCCUCCUGUCGUAUUUCAGGUUCUGUAGUUAGUUCAUGCGUGACCUCCAUUUCCUCUGGUAUUAUGAUAGUGAAAAGAGUCUUGCUCUUCCCACUUUCUGUCACCUCCAUAAGCUCCACCUGCUCUGUUAUACCUUUACUUGGCAACUCUUCAUCUGCUUGGGAGGUAUACAUGGCUGAGGCUAGUGCUGUUGUUUGCAUCCUGGAGAUCGUCCCUGUUCUGCCUAUAGCCUGUCUUUUGAUGUUCACUCCUGUUCCUGCUAUAAUCGUGGAGCCUCUAGCAUUCUCCAUAGUAGAAGCUCUCUCCUCGCCAUUUGAUGAUCGCUUCGGUCGAGAAGCUGCAUGCUCCAUCACUUUGUGUGUUAUGGCUUCAUACUCUUUCGCAUUGUUAACGACACUAGAUGUUUGUGUUUCCUUACUGACUUUUACAGAAGUUAUCAGAUCUAAACGCCUUUGCCUUGGUGACAUGUUUCGAGUAUGUGCUGUAGGAGAAGCAACCUUUCUCACAUUAGAAGGCGGUAAUAAUCGUGGCGUAAUUUUAUCUUUUGUCUGGCAGGUAACUGAUGGAGCCGAUAGUCGUAGAUCUUCAUUUGCGGAAGUUACAACUCUCUUUUGUUGACUCUUUCUGCCCACAGUGGCCAGGAAAGGUUUAUCUCCAGUGAAGGAUAACACCGAGCAUAACGUUUCUUUGCCGCUCUUCUUGUCUUUUUUCAAUGCUUUUGAUUGCAUCUCUCUAAGCACUGGCGGGUGGAAGUGAUCCGCAGCCGAUUUUCGCUUCCAAGUGCUGCGUGAUCUACUGGGCUGUGGAGGAAAACUGAUGCCAGGGUUUUGUGAGUUCUCGGAACAACAGCAUUGGUAAGAUGUGAUUGGAAUGUCUCCUUUCGUAAUUGGUGUAAAACUAGAACCACCUGAAUGGUCAUCUUCACUAUGAGGUGAUAGUUGUUCUCGAUGUACAACAGGAAUAACGGCAGAUCUGUCUACUUUGGAGCCUUUCUUGAAAUUUGAUAAUACGUUCAUCUCUUCGAUAGAUGUAUUUUCUGGCAUACUUAGUUUGCUUGCCAUCAGCUGAGAGACUGCUUCUUGUAUUCUGAAGCAAAACGCUGAUACUAUUGAUUUUGAGUUUGAAACUGCACUUAUAAAAAGGUCAACUGUUUUCCAUAGAAGCCUCGAGGUAACAUUCUUAGUUGCCUUCCCUUUUAGUGCAUGAACGUAACUGCAAACCGCCUCCCGUGCGGAAAGCGUGAAAACUGUUAUUGUAUAAGCCAUAAUCAUGGAAAUUAUAUUUCUGCAUUCCUUGAUUCUCCAAUUGUUUUUUAUGCCUGCUAGAAAGCCUUUGAAGCAGACAUAACUUGUCCGUUUUACGAUCAGCACCAAACGAACCAUUGCCUUAGUCACACUGCUUAAGACGUUAAAUGUGUUGUGUCCUGGCACACAAUCAUUGCCUUUUUCUAGCGGAGAGGUAAUGUUUUGUGAUUCCUUUGAUCUCAUCGCAGGCGCAUAGUCAUUCUCAACCUCGCCAUUUGGCCGGUCGUGACUUGCAGGUCUUUUUGUUUCCUCAUCCAUAUCAACAGACCACAGUCGCACAAACCUUUUUGGUGCUGAGCUUGAAAUUGGGUUACAUUUCGUUUGCGGAUUUAUCUUUAAAACCUGGUUAAGCUGAUCACUUUGAUUGUUCAGUCCUUGACUGACAUGCUUCUCAUUCCAAACGUCAUACCUCUCCCAGUGACUACAGGUCGACUUCAAACUCGAAAUACCUUUUUCAGUUAUAGGAUCUUUGCCUUUCUUCUUCGCAUGUUCUUCAAAUUUACGAGGCUUAAGUAGAUGUUUGUAGUGAGUUCUUUCCUGUCUCUUACCACCAGACUCCUCCCACAAAGAAGGUCUGGUACUAGGGACAGCUUUCUCUGUCCUACGAAAAUUGCUUUUGCUGGAAACACAUUCUUUAACUCUCGCUAUCUUGUUCACGGUAAACGGAAUUGGCAGCCUGUCGUUAUUUGCGUUAUUUCCGUUGAGCAAACUCUCCUUUUGUUUGAAAAGUUUUUUGUUCCUCUCAGUUUGGUUUGGUUUCUUGACUUGGCGAUUUCCUGUAUUUUCAGACGCAACAAGAGGUAAUGUACCAUUACCUCUGAAGGUAAUUGUAGUCAGUGUAGGCUCUUUUUGCUGCCUUGCGGCCGUUCUAGCAUUUAUCUGCCUGAAUGCGCAAAUAAAACUUUUACAAAACUUCCUCUCCAUCCAUUUCCACUUUUUCAUCAUCAACUUUAAAAUAAAGAAUGUGAACGCGCCGAUAAUAUAUAUAUUGCUUAAGAAACCGCUUACGCUAUCCAUGUUAGAGUUUUUCCUUCCACAAGAUCUCUGACUAAACUUUUUUGCUUAUUUCAUUUGUGACGAUAUUCUAUUGCUACUGUUGCGUCAUCGCUUAUUCCCGCGCGCGCCAUUUAGCGCGCGCUGCACAAAACACAGCAGUCACGAAAAGCCGACUUUACACCGACUAUGGAUAACUGCAUGGAACAAACCGAAAAAUGAAGUAUUCGCGUCGUAAUAAAUAUGCAAAUGACAACCCAAUGUUAAAUUUUCUGGAAAGCGUUCUCAGGGUAUAGACAACAUUUUCAACAUUAAAAUGUUUUCACGCAUGUUUGUUCAGCUCGAAAGUGUACUUUAAGUAACGCAUGUGUUAAUCGAAGUUACUUACUGCCAUGGGUGUCAUUGGUUGAAAUGUUGAAAACGAUAUUGCAUUCGCAAAGAAACUGCUGUUUGGUGGAGAGGCGGGACAUUCCGCUUGCAGAGAAAAAAACACCUUUCUGAUUGGUUAUCCCUCGGAAUGCUCCGUCAAAAAAUGAUCUGAGUAUCUAACAAGAACAUAAGUAGGAAAAUAACUCUUUUAAACAGAGAGCUGUUUAAAAACAUCUGUUUAAAUGAAUCAAUAAAAUUAAUAAAGAUGCAUGAUGGAUUAAGUAAAUCUAUACUUGACAUGUAUUUUAAUGUUUUUUCUUGAAAAUUAAAGUAUUUUUAGCGACGUUAAUAUUAUUUUAACAGACGAUGCACUGAAUGCCUUUAGAACCUUUGUAAGGAGUGAAGUAUUUUGGGCGAUUACAACAUUUCUGAAUUCCCAGUUGUUUAAAAUGAAUUCCUUUUUUUAACAGUCAUAGCCGAGACAUUAUCCCUGGAAUCUUUUAGCAAAUUAUCAGUUUUUACGAGCAAAGAGAUAAAUGAUAAUUUAGUCGUGAAUAUCUUUUCCCAUUUACAUGUUUACAGGUCCUUCAGAGACAAGGUGCUGUUUAGAAACAGAUGCUGGAUUCACAAAAGCCAACGUGUAUGAACCGGGUGGAAACAAACAUUAUUUCUGUAUCUACUUCGCUAGAGGGUGUUGCCAUUUGGGGUCUGAAUGUGGAUACUUUCACGUGAUACCCACAGAUAAAGAUGAACAAAGGUCAGUGCGUCUUGCUAAAUACUAUGUUUUUCAUUGAUAUUGGGAAAACGGGGUUACCCGAAUGGAGUGAAAUUUAAGCAGUUUGAGAAGUCAGUAAGAGUGCUUUCAAUUAAGUUUCUGCAAAGUAGGCACAAUGGUGGUUGAGUUCCCCAGAGCCAAAAACACCAGUAUAAGUGAUGUCGAAGCUACAAUAGGGCUUUGGGAAUGCAAAAAAACAAACAAACAAGUCUCUUUCUCUGAAUUUUAUUAACCCGUUUGCAAAAAAAAAAAGUUUGUUGAGAAUCUUUUAUUUUCAAAAAACGUUGAGAUUGGAUUAUCUUCUUCCAAGUGCCCUGGUUCGAGUAGUUGCACCUUAACACAGCUGAUAUUUCAUUGCAGAAUCGAUCUUGCCCAUGACGUUUUUGGCCGAGAGCGUCACCGCCUUCACAAGGAUGAUAUGGGUGGAGUGGGUACAUUUGACAAGGAAUGCAGGACACUGUAUGUUGGAGGACUGGCUAAUCGAACUAAACUGGAGAAACUUCUGUGGUCUGAGUUUGGCGAGUGGGGUGAAAUUGAGGUAAGAAUAAACAUUGCCCGUAAUAAAAGCAAGAGGUUUACAUAAGUAAAACAGCAACUUUGCACGUGCAUCACGAUUUUUGUACAUUUCUUUGCUGUCACUGUACCACUAUGACGUGGAAAUGUCUAUUUUUACGUUUUUACACGUGGAGGACGUCAACACUCGACGUUCUUUUUCUUUUCCUGAACUUCGAUACAGUCUUUCAGAAUUCGACUGUAGAUAAAUUUGCUAACAUUUGAGGAUUUGAACGAGACUGAAUUAAUUCACUUGUAAGUGACUUUUUCGCAAGGAUGAAGCUCGGUUUCGCCCUCAGAUAGCAGAAGUUAGUGGAGGCUCUCGUGAACGGUCACGACCUCUAUUACCGUCACUUUUAGACAUUUCUCUUUGUGUUUAUCUUCCGGAAAAAGACCACUGGAGACAAGCUUCGAUCUGUAAGCCUUUGGCUCUUAUUAUAUUUUUCAUGGCCUUAUUCUUUCCUUUUACCUCAUAGGACUUGAGAGUAAUACCAAAACGCAACAUCGCGUUUGUGCGCUACAAGAACAGGGUGAAUGCGGAGUUUGCAAAGGUGUGGUGUGAACUGUUUCGUUACAAAAUUUAACCGGGUGCGUUAGGUUUACAAAAGAUAGACAACGGGGAAGGUGUUGGAAAGGAAGGAAGAGUGGGGGAGAUCCGCGAACGCGCGAGGAGGUGUCCUUCCUCCUCGCGUGACCGUCACACUCUCACCCCCUUCCCCCUAGAGAACCUCCUUAUCACAAACUAUGCAGACAAUGAAUAUUCCUAGCUUCUUAACGUUGUUACUUUUCUUCGUUUCGACCUUGAAGACUCUGUAACAGUGUUACUUUAACCCUUCGACUAAAACGCGAGAAUCUCGAAAAUAUACCAUUCGGUUCAUUAAAAAAAACUCUUCAUUUUUCUCUCACGAGAAUUACCGGUCUCUCAGUUUUCCCCUUAUUAAAGGCGAUGUUAAACGAGACGAUUGGCGACUACGAUUUUUAGCGCAACACAGCGUAACUUGCAAUGUUGGAACAUUAUUGAAACUAUUCGAUACAAUGAUGCAACACUGUGUUGCGCCAAAAUCGUCAUUGCGAAUCAUCUCGUGUAUCAUCAGCGGCAAAAAGGCAAUAGGUUAGAUUAGCAAAACAACAAUUUUGUACGUGCAUCAGGCUUUUUUUAACAGUUCUUAGCCGUCGUUGCACUACUGCAACGUGAGAGUGCCUAAUUUUACGUUUUGUGAAGGACGGCAACACAACCCCGCAAGACAACAACUUUCUUUUUCUUUUCCUGAACUUUGAUAAAGUCCUUCAGAAUUCAACUCCAUUAAAAUUUGCCCACAUAUGACAAGUUAAACGAGAUGGAAUAAGUGCGAUAAAGUUUGAGGCAGCGCGAAUCACAAUUUUUUAGUGACGUUUUCAUAACCGACGCCGUCGUUGUUGCUUAAGCUCCCUAAUGCAAAUAGACUGAUACGGGAAAGUAGUCUAGUCCAGCUUAGGUGUUAUGAGGAGAUGUCGUUGAGGACCCGUUAGUUUUUUUGCGGCGAAGGUGUUCCAGAUCGUUCCUUUGAAAACCUUCCUGGUACAGACGUGUCAUUUGUGUUUUUAAGUAUGAUUAUAAUUUUAUUGAGAUUUUUGUUCGUUCUUUAGAUCGCAAUGUCAGAUCAGAAGUUAAACAAUAGAGAAUUGCUCAAUGUAAGAUGGGCUUUUGAUGACCCUAAUCCUAAAGCAAGGAAAGAGGUGAGCACUUGUAGUUAGCGUUUCUAAAAUACAUGUUGAAUUGGACUCUGUGAACUCCUUUGAUUAAUAAUGACCUUGCUUCCCCCGUUCGAACAAAAAGAGAGAUUUAUUGGGAAACGUUAUCCAGUCAAAGAAAGGACAAAUCCAAGCUAUUUGCUCUUAAGUCCGGAUCUGGCGUGGUUCUCAGGCGUUCCGAAGUAGCUCGUUUAAACAGUGACAGUUUAAACUCGGAUCGUCUGGGGACGAGGCUAUUGGAAGCACCAAAUGAAGACUCAGACGACUUAUCCAUCCUCGACUUUACAACUUAGCGAUAUUUUCAUUGCUCAAGGCUAACUUUAGCAUCUUUCUGACCAACCUUUGUUUUGUUUUUUUUUUUUUUUUCAGGAACUUUUAAGAGCGAAAAAGAAGGUACUCGAGGCCGCAUCAGAGAGAGGUUUACUUCAAAAGGCCCGUUUGCGCCCCCGCGACCCACCCGGUGGCCAGGUAACAGGGCCUUAUCCAGAUACAAACAACCAGUACCCCGUGGAAUGUGGCCCUAUGAGCAAGGAACAGUUCGAACAGGUAUAGGUUUGCUUCGCUGUUUUAAACCUUUUUUUUACUCUUAGUUAAUUUCCCUUUGGUUAAAUAUAUAGUAAAAUCAAAUAAAAUCAUUUUUUAUUGCUUCUCCCUUAACGUUAGUGUCUGUAAACAAAAUCCUAGGCCUUACUAUGUUAAUUAGCUUCAAACGGUACUCUUUUCGUGCUAGAACUAGGAUUGUUCUUACUUUUGAGUCUGUGUAAGAAGGCAGAUGAAAUCAGGACUUUUCAACAGCAAUUUCAUAUGACACUAUUUGUGGUGUAUAAAUGGGAUCUAACUUUUGGGUAUGUGGAUCGGGAAUCAUGUGUUAAAGAAGCUUGGCAAGGGAAUGUGCGCGGGAGACGAGAAAAAAAUAAAGAAUGAGAACAAAACAGAGGAUUGGAAAUGAAGCUACUGAUAGAGCUGGGGUUCAAGUUAGGGUUUUGUUAUUCUUGUUCUCAUUUUUCAUUUUCCCGUUCCCAUUUUUCAUUUUCCUGUUCCCCGUGCUCGUUGUAAGUGCCCCGUUUUUAGGUAGUAACAUCCCAGUCUUUGGAAUUUCAAAAAUAUGAAACGAUAUGACAACGCAUGCACUCUGCAGCCAUAGAAUUAAAUCCUACGGUUUGUUUUCCUGUUUCAGGCUGAAAUACUAGAGAAUGUGUACACAGACUGUACGAGGUUGGACGAGGCUCUGAAGAGAGGAGAGGCUCUCCACGUUAAAGAGGCGGACAGUAGUCAAGCAGUUCAUUCACAGCUCUCUGAAUACUCUGAGUACAGUAGUGCAGAGAACACACAAGCUACAGAGACAGAUUGGAACAGUGAUAAUAAUUACUCAGGAUAUUAUAGUUACGAUUAUAGCCAAGCAUGGGACUAUUCGCAGUAUUAUCAAACUGAUGACUCGUGUUCAACUAAGGAUCCUUACAGAGAGAUACUUACGUCCAGCGCUAAAGACAAUUCCGAAGCUUCCAAUAGCUAACGAACCAAGGUCUGAUCUUGAAUCGACGGGUACGUUAGUAUGCCAGGGAAUGCCCUACUUGCUAACGAACUUAGCUCCGAUGACGGAUCGAUUGAGACGCAAUUACACGUCAAAGAAUCUACAGCUAGUAGCUAGCCUGCGUAGCAAUCGUUUCCGUGCAGUUUAGGAACUAAGAAAGAGGAACGAGUGUCAAAGACCGCGAUAAAAAUGGCGCGAGUUAAAGAGCGGGGAGGGGGUGGGGAAGAAAGGGAGGAACUUCCUAUUUCCUUCCUUCCCCUCCCCCUUCCCCUCCUCCCUCUUUCAUUUUUUGGCUCUCGUUCCGUUUCCCUUUCUCAUUUUUCGAUCCCCGAAUCGACUGAGGGCAGAAGAAACGCCCAUGAUUUCUUUUACGAACUAAAGUUUGGAUUCAGUUUUUUCCCUUUUAGAAUAAACCUUCUUCACGGGCUUUAGGAUGGACGGGAUAAAAGGGAUGUCACAUGGUAUUUCCGGGGGGGGGGCAAACUGAUGAAAACAUUUGCCAAUACGAGUAAUCGCAGUCGAGAUUUUUUAUUCUCUCAGAUCGAGACCACAAUUUUAGUCUCGCUGAGAAUGCACAGUUCGAGGACCGACAAGUUUUUACGUCAUUAUCGCUUGCUAUGAGGACGUGCACAGUCGCUGCUGUAUCCAAAAAUGGGAACAAUGAUCACUUUCAGCCACAAUUUGCCAUUAUCGUCUCAACGAUGACGUCGUUAAUUUACUACAACAAACAAAAUCCAAGCGUUUCUUUGAGAUGAUCGGGAUCAGGAUCAGUGAUCCUACAUCACUUGAACCAUGGUAGAUCAAAUGAACCGAUGAAUCGUUGUCCGGAUCACUGAUUCUGAUCCGGAUCAUCUCAAAGGAAUGCACCCUAAGACUCUCGUUCCUUAAACCGCACUGGGA